UCUUCAUAAUAUCGGUGUGCGAUUCCGUGUGUACAAGAUUCCUAAUGACAAUAUGACUUCGCACGAGGACUGAAAAUGUGAACUAUGGACAGCACUGAAAAUAUAUCAAACAGUUGAAGGACUGUUGCAACGUGCCCCGUGACCUGAAAGGCAGUUGUGACAAUCGAGCCUUUCAAAAAAAUUCAUAGACACCACUCGUAUAUUAGGCUUAAGUUUUUCGUAUUGCUCUACUAACUGAACAUUAAAAGGAGGCGUACGAAAAUCUUCACCCGCGAUGAUAAUCGAGAACUCAGAGGCGCUGAAAAGUUGGCUUACGGGCUACCUAGAACACAUGUGUGAUGCUGACCCAGUGGCGCUUUCAAAGUAUGUCAUGGCACUCGUGAAAAAGGACAAGAGCGAGAAGGAGCUCAAAGAGAUCUGCAUGGAUCAGCUUGAUGUCUUUCUCCAAAAAGGAACCAAGCCAUUUGUGGACAUGCUGUUUGAGACCCUGUUGAACAAGUCGUACCUCCAAGGAAAGCCUUACGUGCCAGUAGUUAGUGCAGCAGCACCCUUGCCCGGUGCUGUACCCAGCUCUCUUCAACCGCCACUGCCGCCCCAGCCCUCCUCGGUUGUGCUGGUGCAGCAGUCCAGCAUGGUGCCAUCUGUACCUCCCCUGUGCUGCUGGCUGUGCCAGCGCACAAGGAAGGUGCGGGGGGGCUCGGUGCUGCGGGGCUGUCCCCUCCGCCCGUUGCCGCGGGUUGCUGCGGAGGCCUCUUCCCUGCCCACUUCAGCUGCACUAGGUGGCAGCAAGCCCACGUCAACAGCCACAACCGUUGCCGCUGGCGCUGCCAUACCAGUGGCGGCUGCCACUGUUGUAUCCACUCGCAAAGAUGAGGUACCUCCAGUAGAAGAGGACAAGGAACAAGCCAGAAGCAGCCAUCGGAAGUCGAAGAGCCGGUCACGAAGUCCUGUAGGAGGCAGGAGCCGCAACCGGAGUCGAGAGGACGAACGCCGAUCCGGACGACGUUUCUCAGAUGACCGAAGACGUCGCACAACGGAAAGGAGGCGCCACGAUGCAGGCAGCCGACAUCGGGGAGACACUGCACGCAGUCGCUGGGCUGGUGAUGACCGAGCAGCUCGAUCAACAGGCACGCGGGAUCGUUCGCACAGUGGCCGUCGUUCUCGCUCACCUUCCCGGUCACGUUCACGAUCUCCUAAGUCACGCAAUCGUUCAAGAGAUGGGGGCCAACGUUCGGAGGUGCGGAGCUCGGGGACGCACAGUUCAACGACGAAUUCCUCCACGUCAGAGUCCCGUGCCCCUGACACCCCACAUGGUGACACUGACUAUAGACCAGGACAGCCACCACCCUCCACCUCAACAACGAUAUCAUCAGAUGCCGGACAGAGUUCUACCACUUUUCCUGCAAAGGCCUCCAAGCGCUGCAGAGAUUACGAUGAGCGUGGGUACUGCAUGCGUGGCGACUACUGCCCCUUUGACCAUGGCAACGACCCCCUCAUUGUGGAGGACGUGUCAGUACUACGCUUUGGCCUGUCAGGGCCGCCCCCGCCCCCGCCACCCAACUCUGCCUUGCCCCCUCAGCCAGCACUGCCCCAAGGUGUGCCCUCUCUAGCCCAACUGCAGCAGGUUCUGCCACCCAUGGUGGGCAGUGGCCAGGAGUCCCUGCCAUCAGCCGCAGCAGCAGCCGUCGCCGCAGCCGCAGCCGAGCCGUACAACCCUGAAGCCCCAGGCAUGGAGCGUCCCCUAAGAGUGGGUCCGCCCCCUUUCUGGGGUCCACCACCAGUCUUCCACACAGCCAGGACACCCCACAGGGAGCUGAUUGGUGUGCCGACCAUGCCUCCUUCGCAAGCCGACAUGAGCCAACCUCCUCCACCACCACCUCCACCCGGGUGCUCUGUUCUUGGUCCGCCAUUGGGUCCUCCACCUCCGGGCCUUGGGCCUGCCGACGAAGGGGGCCCACUGUCUGCUGCCCCUCCCCCACCACCACCCCAGGGCCCGCUUCAACCUAUGCGAGGGCCUCCGCAACUGCCACCGCAUCAUCAUCAUCAUCCUCAUCACCCAGGCAGCCCACAGGGUGGGCCACGCUAUGGGAGGGGGGGAAUGCAUGGAAGUGGUGGUCGGGGUCGCAUGGACUACGGCCGUGGCGGCAUGAACAAUAGGGCACCCAGCCACUACGACCGGUGUGAACUUGAAGUGCGUAAGGUACCACGAGCUCUCAACACAAUCACUCAACUGAACAACCACUUCUCACGCUUUGGAAACAUUGUCAACCUUCAGGUAUGUUAUGACGGAGAUCCCGAGGCAGCACUGAUUCGUUUCUCCAACCAUGCCGAAGCCAACGCUGCGUAUCGGUGUACAGAGGCAGUGCUAAACAACCGUUUCAUCAAAGUCUUCUGGCACAACAAAGACCGGAAUGCAGCGCCCACGGCGAACGGCAGUGGAUCUGUUGUUCCAGACACUUCCGGUGCCGCUGCCGCUCCUGCAGGAAAUGCCAGUGCGGCUAACCAGCCAACCAAUGGUGCCACAGCUGCCACUGUCACGACGGAGGUACAACCCACCAAGAGCAUAAAGGAUCGGCUAGGGGCACCUCCUGUUGAAAAGUCUGCUGUGUUCAACCCCAUCGCUGGAAACCUGUCACGAACGGUGUUCAACCCUGCUGCACUGAAAAAGAACAAUGUUAUCAACACUGGCCUGCCUAAACGUACGAAGGAGGAGCAGAAGACGGAGGUAAUCAAGAAAAAAGUAGAAGUACAAAGCCAAAGGCAAAAGCUUUUAGAAAAGCAUCUUCAACAGUAUAAGCUUUUGCUUGAAAAGCUAGGGAAGUGCAAAACGGAAAAAGAACGCGAAGAAAUUAAACAGACGAUAGCCACCCUGCAGCCGGUGAUCGAGAAGCUAAGGUUCGACUUCAAGAAGGUGACCAAUGAGCUGAUUUCUAGUAGGGCGCUCAAGGCAGGAACGACGACGUCUGCAUUGGCUGGGCUCAAAGCGGACGUGCCACAUGGUCCACUCGGGAGAACGCAAGCUGAGAAGGAGCUCCUUGAUGCCGAAAUGGACCUUUACAACAAAAUGCAUCGCGGUGACGACACGACGGCGUUGCGGAAGCGAGUUCAAGAGCUCAGGCAACAAGCUCGUGCCCUGGGUCUCCUUGGUGGCCAGUGGAAGGGAAGCAGCAGAGGGGGUCCCUCGGGUCGCCGAGGGGCGCUCAGAGGAGGAGGCCGUGGAGGUGGCGCUGCCCUGCGACGAAGCCUCAACGUCAUUGACCACCGGCCACGCAAGGUGUUCGUCCAGGGCAUGGACGAAGGGGACAAGGAGAACCUACAGGCGCACUUUGCGCAAUUUGGCGAGGUGGAAGGUGUCGAGCUUCUCAAUUCCGGUCUUGUAAUUACAUUCAAGACACGGAAGGAUGCGGAGCUGGGUGUGUCUCAAGGGUCCGAGUUCAAGAACAGGCCAUUGCAGUGGGCAUGGUUCAAAGAACCAUCAAGGACAGCUUCUACUAGCGAUUCUGCGUCGGCAUCGAACCUGGCUCAGGAUGACUUGGCAGGAGAUGACGAGUCAAACCUGGCCUUGGAAGAAGACCUUCUUCUCGUGGAUGAUGAAGAGGAGGAAGACAGCGAAGCGCGCUCCUGGCGACGAUGAUGCCUUCACCUGUCAUCUUUCUUUUUUUUUAUUAUUGUUAUUAUGUUGAAUCGUGACGCUUAUUGUCAAAUUUCUUGCACGCUCCAUUUAUAAUGUAUUUCUGUACAUAUUGUGCCCUGUUGCCUGUAUGUCGCCAUUUUUUUCUUUAUUACAAUCUUGUGCAUAAAAAAUGUACUACACCCAGUCAUGCCACAACACAACAUGGUGAAAGCAGAGCUUUGUUUCUUAAUUUUUUUUUUCGUUGACUCGCAUGUUUGCAUGCGUUGGUAGCUUCGAAGUCUGUUUUUCCUCCCAUUUGUAGUUGUUGAUGCCUUUCUUUUUUAUUCAUCUUUAGUUGCCUUCGUUCUCACAUGGUAUUCAGAGAGCCAUCUUUGGCUUCCUUUGUAGCUCUCAGCAUGUUCUGUAGGCCAGCUCCAAGCCUGGCACUCAUGGCAUCCUAGUUGUAGUCGGAGGAAAGGUUUACUGUGGAUCUGGUUUUAGGGUUAUCACACCUUCACGCAACAUUAUACCCUCAAAUUAUCUCUCGUCUGCUCUGAAAUUUAUUUCAGUUUGUGCGCCUAUGUUUGAAGCAGUCUUCUUCUAUACAAGUUUAUAACUUGGUUUCAGAGCAUUAGGACUCAUUUUCAUGCUAGUCGGCCUUUCGCCAUUUUGUUGUUACAGAAGGCAGUGACGAUGUUUGAUUAGGUCAGCUAGUGCAGCAGCUCUUGCAUGGUGGUUACCUUUGCAAUUGCAGUUUUUUUUUUUUUUUCUGAGUCUGCAUUCAGUGUAUUUGAGUGACAGCUUUCGCUCUGCUGUUGAUAUGAAUUCCUCUAAUCGUGGUCAUUCUUUUUCUUUUUUGACCUCCCGUGCUCCUUACACCGAACUAUUGUGUUUUCUUGCUUGGCAAGGUGUGUAAAUAGUUUUACUUUUUUUUCCCCGCGAAAUAAAACUUGUGAACAGUAUGCAACAUGUUACGCAUGCAAAAGACACACGGUGUGCAAGGUAUGGAUCUUGCAACUGCAAAAGAGGCAAAAAAAAAAAAUGAAGUGAUGAAGAAAAAAAGAGAGAGAGAGAGAAAAGUGGAAUAACCAAAUUUGUCACAUUUUUGCCAGUUUUUUAUGGGUCCACACAGGAGAGAAAAAAAAAGAAAAAAAAAGAAAACAAAA